AUGGAUGUUUCCGAACUCUGCAUCCCUGACCCUCUCUGCUACCACAACCAGUUGUUAACCAGAAUGCCCACUGAGGACAGACAUCUGUCUUCAAGCUGUGGUUCUUACGUCAAAACCGAGCCCUCCAGUCCUUCCUCUUCACUCGUCGACACCGGCAGCCACCACAGUCCCAGCGGCAACUCCGACGCCAGCGGCGGCUACGUCAACGUCGGUAUCGGACGCUCGCACACCCUGGACUCCCCGCCAAUGUUCAACCCGGGCAUGCUGGGAAGCGGCGCCGCCUGCCUGCGCCGCUACGAGGACUGCUCCGGCAGCAUGGCGGACGACUCGCCAAUCAAAUGCGAGUACAUGCUCAAUGCCAUUCCCAAGAGGCUGUGCCUGGUGUGCGGCGACAUUGGCUCGGGGUACCACUACGGGGUGGCUUCCUGUGAGGCCUGCAAAGCCUUUUUCAAAAGGACGAUACAAGGGAAUAUCGAGUACAGCUGUCCGGCCACUAACGAAUGUGAGAUCACCAAAAGGAGACGCAAAUCGUGUCAAGCCUGCCGCUUCAUGAAAUGUCUUAAAGUUGGAAUGUUGAAAGAAGGUGUGCGUCUGGACCGGGUGAGAGGCGGGCGACAGAAGUACAAACGAAGGUUGGACGCAGAGAACGGAGGCUACCUCGGCCUCACUCUCCCCCUCACUGAGGAACAUGUGCCCGGUGACGUGACAAAGAUCGUUUCCCAUCUGCUGGUGGUGGAGCCGGAGAAGAUCUACGCCAUGCCUGAUCCCACCAUGCCCGACGGCGACAUCAAGGCCCUGACCACGCUGUGCGACCUGGCCGACCGCGAGCUGGUGGUCAUCAUCGGCUGGGCCAAACAUAUCCCAGGUUUUUCCACUCUCUCGCUGGCAGACCAGAUGAGUCUCCUGCAGAGCGCCUGGAUGGAGAUCCUGGUGCUGAGCAUCGUGUUCCGCUCGCUGCCCUGCGAGGACGAGAUCGUGUACGCGGAGGACUACGUGGUGGACGAGGAGCAGGCGAGGAUUUCCGGCCUGCUGGACCUGCACGUCGCCAUCCUGCCGCUGGUGCGACGCUACAAGAAGCUGCGCAUGGAGAAGGAGGAGUUUGUCACGCUCAAAGCCAUCGCCCUCGCCAACUCAGACUCCAUGCACAUAGAGAACAUCGAGGCCGUCCAAAGGCUCCAGGAUUCUCUCCACGAGGCCCUGCAGGACUUUGAGGGCCCCCAGCACCCGGAGGACCCUCGGCGGGCCGGCAAGCUCCUCAUGACCCUGCCGCUGCUCCGUCAGACCGCCACCAAGGCGGUUCAGCACUUCUACAGCAUCAAAAUGCAGGGCAAGGUCCCGAUGCACAAACUAUUCCUCGAGAUGUUGGAGGCCAAGGCUUGA